GUUCCUUUCUUCCUUUGAUAGGUUUUGCUGUGCUUCUUCACGUGCUACUGAAGCUCGCUAUUCCUUCUUUCUACUUCGUAGUUAACCUUUCUGUUCCUUUAUUGACUCUGCUAUUUCCUGUUUCUGUCUUUCUGAUAUUGCCGUUGUUGGGAUUGUGUUGUGUGGUUGUUGUUUGGAUUUGAAGCCAAGCUAGUAGAUUGUUAAGCCAAGCGAUCUUUCUUUUCAAACACUUUAAUGUAUGAGCUUGCUGAGAAAUUCUUCUUCUUCCAUAGACUGGAGGGAGGCAUUAUCCCCCUUUUUUUUCAUCUUCUUGGUAUGAAGUUCCUAGGAUUGUUCUUGUGAUUCUGCUGCAAGCACAAGAUAGUUUUAACAAUUGCGCAAUGUUUGAAUUCGCAGGUAAAACGAUUGGAUGAGAUAGUAGGUUGUAGGCUCCUGGAUUUUACUCAUGGAGAAGAGGAAAUGGUUGUGGAAGAAAAAGCCCUCAGAAAGGGGUGGAGAGAGUGAGAGUUCGGGUUCAAUAUCAUCUCAUUCAGAGAGGUUUUCAGAUGACCAGGAAGCACUGAAGGCUUCUCCUAAGGAUGACGGUCAAUCUCCUGAAAUCAUCUCCAAAAUUGCAGAUGGGGGUGAUAAAGAAGUUAAUGAAAGCAUAAAAUGUUUAACAGAGAAGUUAUCAGCAGCCCUUGUGAACGUGAGUCAGAAAGAUGACUUGGUUAAACAACACUCCAAAGUUGGUGAAGAAGCUGUUGCAGGCUGGGAAAAGGCUGAGAAAGAAUUACUGGUUGUCCAGAAACAGCUUGAAGCAGCAACACAAACAAAAUCUCAGCUUGAAGAUCGAGUAAUCCAUCUCGACAGGGCCCUCAAGGAGUGCGUUAGGCAGCUAAGACAGGCACGUGAUGAGCAGGAAGAAAAAAUACGCGAGGCAGUGGCAAGCAAAGCAAAAGAAUGGGAAACAAUUAAGUCUGAGUUAGAGAAUCAGCUUUUUCAGCUAAAGAUAGAUGUAGGGUCUGCUACUGCUUCAAAACCAGAGUCACCACCUCAAGUCAACCCUGAUCUCUAUCACAGGCUUGAAUAUUUAGAAAAAGAGAAUGAAACACUAAGGCUUGAGCUUCUGUCUCAAUCUGAAGAACUAGAGGUUAGAACAAUCGAAAGGGAGUUGAGUACUCAAGCUGCUGAAAUGGCCAGCAAACAACAUUUGGAGAGCAUAAAGAAAGUGGCCAAGCUUGAAGCUGAGUGCCGAAGACUGAAACCCUUAGUUUCUAGAUCAUCCUCCUCACUUAAUGAUCAUCACAAAACAUCAGCCACUUCCUCAGUUUAUCUUGAGUCCCUCACGGAUAGCCAUUCGGAUAGGGGGGACGGGCUCAAUGGAUUGAUCUCUGAACUCGAUCAGUUUAAGAAUGAGAAGACUGUUGGUAACAGGAAUCUGCUGCCGGUGGUAGCAUCAGCUGUUAAAAUCAAUCUCAUGGAUGAUUUCCUCGAUAUGGAAAGGCUAGCUGCGUUGCCUGAGAAUGCAAUGGAAAUUAAUAAUCACGUUGAAUCAGCUGUGAAACAGUCGACUGAUCAUGCAGAAAGCUUGUUGAGAGAUGAGCUAAAGAUUGCCGUUCGCCAGGCAGCUGAAUUGGAAGCCAAGCUGAAUGAUCUGCAACAAGUGAAAGAUGAACUAGAGCAAGGUUUGGUGAGCAUGAGAGCAGAGAAAGCUAAAUUGGAAGAAAGUCUGGAGAGAAUCGUUCAAGAGAAAGCCCAAGUUGAAAGUAACUUGGAAGAAAUAGAGUCAGAAAAAGCAGAGAUGGAAACUGCUUUAACUACAAGUCUAGACAAGAAUAAAGCAUCAGCGAGCCGAUUGCGGGAAGUCCAACUCAAGUUAGAGGAAGUCCAAAGCCAGUUGUCAUUUGCAAAAGAAUCGAAGCAAGAGGUCGAAUCUCAUCUUUGGAGCUUGGAAGCAGAAUAUCGUACCUUGUCAGCUCAGGUUUCCACCUUGGAAUCCGAGCUUGAGAAGGAAAGGGCUAUGUCUGCAGAGUUAAGUAUCAAGUAUCAGUACCUGGAAGAAGAGCUUUCCAUGAAGAAAGAGGAGUUCGAGCACCAGCAGCAAUCAAUAAACAUGAACAAUGCAUCAAAGAUAAAACAGGAGGACCUAGCUUUAGCAGCGGGCAAGCUUGCAGAUUGCCAAAAGACAAUAUUGUCUCUGGGGCAGCAACUCAAAUCUCUAGCAACACUUGAAGACUUCCUGAUAGAUGCCAGCAACAUCCCCGAAAUCUCUGUGCAUAGUAGCUCUGAUAAGAACCGAAAUGGGUUUGCCAAGUUUUUCUCCAGGAGCAAGAAUGGAAUUCAGCUGGAACUUUAGUGUGCAGGGAAAAAAAGAGGUGUACUGAGAUUUGAUUAUAUGAUCGUGUUCAAUCACAAGCAAAAGAUAGCAAAAGCAAAAGAUGGGGUGAGAGAGGCUCGAACUCUCGACCUCAGGAUUACUCUUAAGCUAUGAGACCUACGCGCUAACCAACUGCGCCACCACCCCUUUCAUGAUUCACAAUAUAGAUUAUUAUAAUCGUUCCUAGCCAUGCCCAGCACCUACCCUCUUGUACCACUAAGAAAUAAGAAUAUGUCUAUGAUACGUGUUCUCUAGCAUUAUCAAUUUGUUUCACAUCUCGUCCCUAAUACUUUUUCUGUUGCUUAGUGGUCACUUGAUUUAAACAUGC